GUUUGUCUGCUGCAUUUGUGCGUGUUUAAUCGGAAUUCUCGAAUUUUUCGGAAUAAUCGGAAAGUGUUUUUUGCGUUGCAACAAUGUCGUUGGACGAUCAAUAUAAUGACUUCCUGGAGGAGCUAGAGCAGAAACCGGAUAUAAGCAAAAUCCGUUUUGAUGAAGAUGACCCGAUGAGCGACGUGAAUGCGAUAGUGGAAGCCGAAAAUCGCAAACGAAAGCUGAGCAAAAACCCGCUAGCUUUGGUAGACCAGGGACACCUUCGUCGGGAGCAAUUGGAUGACCGGAUGGAUCAAGAAGAUGACCAUGAUCCAAUGUCCGAGUUGAAUCCGAAUGAUAUGAACCAGAAAGUGUUGGUAAUGACGAGCGGUGAGAUGGAUAUUGUACUGGAACCGGAGAAAGCAUUGGUUUAUACUUGUUUUAACACCACGUAUGACCGAGCUUCGCUGAAUCGGCCUGACGUGUGGCACCAAAUUAUGGUACACCAUGAGGGAAAGUAUUCGAAGCAGGAAAUUUUGGAUGCCUUCUUUACUAUUAUCACCACAGACGAUUUCUACCCGGUGGCCUAUCGGCGGCACAUCAAUAUUGAUUAUUUCUUGGUGCGUUUGUGCAGUAAAGCACUGGUUAAACUGUUUGAUAAAAGCCUAAAGUUGCCCAUGCCGGGUGCAUCGGAUCCGUUGAAGCUAACGGUUAAGUUGAACGUUGCCAAGUUUGUGCAGGGACAAAUACACCCGAAUGGGAAGAUUUUCGCAGCGGUUUCGGAACGUUGCGACAAUGCGGUGGUCUAUGGUUCCUCGAAUCUGUUGAAUUUGGACAAUUUUCGAGAUCAUGGCGAUUUUGAAGAGCUUUGUGUUUUUCUGGGCAACCGAGCUCACUUGGAGCUGGUGUGCAGUUCCAUUAACCGUCUAGAGGACAUUCGCGUAAAGGUGAACGCAAUUAAACUGACCAACAACUGCAUUAUACACAUUUCGCCUCUGGUUGCCCUCAAAGAUUUGCCGAUUCAAACGUUGGAUUUGCGUUAUAACCGAAUUAAACAUCCGGCAUCGCUGCGGCCAAUGCAAGGGUGUGGAAUUAAUGAGCUGUACAUCGAAGGUAACGGAAUUGUUGAUGUUCCGGGAUAUAUGGACGUCUUGAAGCAGUAUUUCCCGAGUAUAAUUAAAAUUGAUAACAGUUUUUUCGGAGCGACUAGAAAACAGGCGGCGACUCCGGCUUCUCGGGCUGUUGGUGGAGACGAUGAGGUGGAGCUCACUUCCCCCGGCGAAAUAUACCAGUGUGUUAAUGGGGUAGUAGAGGACGCUAAGAGUUUCAAAAAAUAUAAAUUCAAUACCAAAUGGCAUCAGGUCGUGAUAGUUCAUGAAGGACGUUAUGAAAAGACAGAAAUUUUGGAUGCCCUUUUCACACUGCUUGAUAGCUACGACUUGUACCCUUGCUAUUACAAAACUUAUUCGAAGCAAGACGAGUUUCUGGUUAUUAAUUGCUUUGAAGCGUUGGCUUUCCUAGUACAGAGCAAAUUAGUUCUUCGAAUGAAAAACUCUAAUGAGUUGGUUUCCAUCGUGCUCAAGAUGAACGUUGCUGACUUUAAGCAGGGCCAAGUGGUGGUCGAAGAAAAGAUCAACUACCUUUUGCUAGACCGUUUCAAUGAUCGCUGUUUGGACCUUUGUUCACUGCAGCAGCAUCUGAACAAGAUCAAAUUUGCCGAAGUUUGUGCCAAAAGUACUAGAACUCUAUCGAAAAUUUUAUCUGCAGCGGGUAAGAAGUUUGGCAACGUUUGUUUGGUCAUUCGGUUGAGAAGCAAUGGAAUCAAACACUUGGGAGCACUGGCAUCGCUCAUCUCGUACCCAAAGCUGGUAUCUUUGGAUUUGAGGUACAACGAGAUCGGCAACUUCGAAGACCUGCAAGGGGUGAUGAAAAACCGCAUCAAGGAGGUGUUCCUGGAUCACAACCCCAUCUGCAACACGGUGACAUCUAGCAUCGAGUACAUUCGCCAUGUGCGGGUCGUUUUUCCGGCGAUCGAAAAGCUUGACGGGAUGCCACUGCUGGAGAAUGGCAAUCUAAACUUUUCGCAGAAUUUUAUCUGCAUGCCGGAGGCAUACAAGUUUACCGAAUCGUUCGUGAAACACUACUUCACCAUCUACGAUUCGUUUCAACGGUCCAGUUUGAAGGAGCUGUACCACCCGAAGGCACAGUUUUCGAUGACGAGCAGUUUUGUUCAGUCGAAAACGUUGGACUCGCAUCAGGUGCGAUUGAAUGCUUACCAGGGAAAGAGCCGCAAUUUGCUUCGGCUGGCCAACAUUGACCGUGCCAUCAGCAGUCUUGUGGUGGGCAACGAAAGGAUUGCGAAUGUGCUCGUCUCGUUUCCAAAAACCGAACAUGAUUUCUUUUCAUUCCGCGUUGAUACGCCCAUCUUUCGGCCGGAAUGUGUGGUAAUUACUGUGCAUGGAGCGUUUAAAGAAAUGGCCAAUUCGCUGUUGAGUGACGAUUUUGUGCUCGGUUUCACUCGUACCUUUUACAUUCAACCCUGUGCAAAGGGAUUGGGAAUCUUCGAAAAAGCGAUUGAGUUCAAAAUUUUUAACGAUCUGUUUCACAUGUACAAUUUGACUGCUUACGGACGGGAAAACGUUUUCAAGCAUCAUGAAGAACCUGAAUCGACGGACCCUGUCGUACCGCACAGUGAAGAGCGCGAAAACACGAUAAUAGUUUUCCAGGAGUUAACGCGACUUAAUCGGAAGUGGUGUCUGCGUUGCCUGGAGGAAUCAUCCUGGAAUCUGAAGGUGGCAUUGAACAUUUUUCUUAAACUGUAUGAGGAGGACCGUAUUCCCGACAACGGCUUCGACGCAACGCUCGUUUCCAAGCGAUAAGUGAUUCUCAUGAAACUUUUUUUUAAAUGUAUAACAUGCAGUAAAUUUCCUAUUGGCUAGAUGUACUAUAUUAGUUCUUACUGUAUUGUAUCACGUUCUAUAAGAAAAUAAUAUAUCUUA